GCAUCCUCCAGCAAGCGCUCCAUCUACGAAGCUAGUACGCAGUACCGUCACUGGCGUUUCUCACCGGAGGACCUCGCGCACACACGCGCAUCCCUGAACACCGCUGCCGUCUCUCUUAUACGCGACGCUUUCGAGGCAGACGAGGCACGGUCCUCGGCGAACGUGUCCUUCCUGAAUGCUGAUGAGGAGAGCUUGUUGGUCAAGCUUUAUCUUACCAAGAUACCACAACUAUGUAGCCUCUUCCAAUUCCCUGAGGAGGUAGAAGCUACCGCCAUGACAUACCUCAAGCGGUUCUAUCUGAAGAAUACUGUUAUGGAUUGGCAUCCGAAGAAUGUCAUGCUAACCGCACUGUUCCUGGCGACAAAGACCACAAAUCAUCCUAUACCUGUUGCUACAUACACGUCACGGAUCCCCAAAACCCAGCCCUCCGAUGUACUCGACUUAGAGUUCCUUGUGGCACAAAGUCUCGGCUUCGACUUCGCUGUGUGGCACGCACAUCGAGCGCUAUGGGGGUCGGCAUUAGACGUCCAGGUCUUACCUGAUAUCACCUCAGCGGAAGUACGUCGCGUGCACCAGAUCGCCCUCAACUACGUCCAUGCGUCGCGGUUGACAGACGCUGAGUUCAUCUAUACUCCUGCACAAAUCGCCCUGGCAUCUCUGUCCAUGGUUUCGGCACCCCUGGCGGAAAUCUGGGCGCGUCGCACAUAUGCCGACAAGGCAGACCUGCUGCUCGCCGUUCUCGAACCAAUCAAAACCAUGAUAUCCACUCAUGGACAAGCACCCGACGUGGAGGCCGUCCGGAAUGUGGACCGGCGGCUGAAGCUCUGCAAAAAUCCGGAGAAAGUGGUGGGGAGCAGAGCAUAUAUGAAGAAACAAGAAGAGGCAGAGCAGAGGGCAUCUGAGAAGCGUAAAAGGAAGGCGGCUGCGGCAAGGAAAGCGAUGGAGGAAGGGGAUCCGUUUGGUAGCGAGCUCGCCGGGGAUGUCGGGAUAGAGGACGAUGACGAUGACGAUUGA